AACAGCGCCGUACUCAAAGCUCAUCAGAACGAAUCCUGUCAUGAAGCUACAAGUACUCGUUUUAUUUGCCACUUUGGCUGUUGCCGUAGCCCAAGAUUUUCUUCAGGAUGACGAAAAUCGAGAUUCCACCGACGAUGCUGAUUGGGAGCGCUUUAAGGCUAAGCACAAGAAGAAAUUUAAGAAUAAAGAUCGUGAAAGAAUUCGUAAAAAUAGAUUCGUGCAACACAACAGGCAAAUCAAGAAGCAUAAUCAAAUGGGGAAAUCAAGCUACACGCUACAAGCAAAUCAAUUCACCGAUUGGUCGGAGGCUGAACUUGAACAACUGAAAGGAGAAAUCGAUACGGACAAUGAAAUUCCUGGACCUGUCGUCAGCACUGAUAUACUUCGACAAUCUGUUCCCGACGCUGUUGAUUUGAGAAAAAAUCCAUGCAUGCCAAAGGUUAAAUAUCAAGGUGGCUGUGGUUCGUGUUAUUCUUUCGCUGCCACGACUCCAAUAGAAUUCCAGCGCUGUCAGAAAACAGGGAAAUUGGUUACCUUGAGUGAGGAGAACAUCGUCGACUGUAGUCAGAAAUAUGGUAAUGCCGGCUGCAACGGAGGUUUGGCCCUGCGCGCUUGGAAUUAUGUAAAGGAUAUCGGCAUCAAUACCGAAGAGGCUUAUCCCUACCAAGGCGAAGAAACCUUGUGCGAGUAUUCUGCAAGCAAUUACGGGGGCAACGUCACCAGUUGGUCGUAUGCAACUAGGAGUAACGACGAGGAAGCUAUGAAGGCUGUCGUUGCAAACUAUGGCCCUUUGGCUGUGUCGAUUGACGCCACCAACUGGGAAUUUUACAGCUCUGGAGUGUUCUCAUCCGCUGCGUGUUCGAAUACCAGUACCAACCAUGCUGUCGUCAUAGUGGGUUACGGAAAGGAUGAAAAUUCCAAUAAACCUUACUGGAUUGUACGUAAUUCAUGGGGACCAGAGUGGGGCCAAGACGGCUACAUUUACCUCGAACGGGGUGCGAACAUGUGUGCUGUUUCUAAGCGUGCUGUAUUCCCAACAGCUCAUUACUGAAGACAUCACUGUAUUACGUUAAUUGAUGCACAGUGGCAUUGCUCUGGAAAUCAAUUCUACUGAAUCAAUGGCAAAAUAUACGAAAUAUAGUUGGUGGUAGUGUAUUGCAAAAUUAA